AUGCUAUGUGGAUCAUUUAGAAAAUUGUUGGAGCUGGAUGCGGAGGAUCAGUUUGAGAAUAUUAUUCGUAACACUACUGUUGAAAUUGAUAUUCCUAAAGAUAUUAAAGAGUAUCUUCACGAUUUGUUCAGUGAGAUAUUGAAAGUGCAUUGUAAAAGUAAAAGAACCAUUCACGGUUUACAAAUAGACAGCAAUGAAAAACUUGGUCCAACCAAAUAUGGAGAAAUUGAGAACGAAGCGCACAAAGAUGGAAUUUAUACCACAAAUGUUGAUCAAAACCGUCAAAUUCAAAGAGAAGUGACAAAAACGAUGCCGUCUCAUAUCAGGAUGAUAAUAUAUAAAAAGUCCAUUGGGGCUACAGAAUUUGACUCAACACAUUAUAUGGGAGCAUGA